AUCUGAGGAAGAAUCAAUUCCAAACCAAUUAUUCUACGAAACUUUAAUUCCUCACCUUCUCUUAUUUCUAUUUUGACAUUUAGAACACGUAUAUUUUGAUGUUUGCUCAAUUUUACAAGUUCAUUGUAUCAUUUUCAUUGACUAUACAAUAUUAUUCUUUAUUAUUUGUUACGAACUUACAUAGUUCGUAUUAACAAUGGCCUUACGUAGGAGUUUAGUGUGGAUGUAUAGUAUUCCAUCAGAAGAUGGAAAAUUUGUUAAGUGCACUAUAUGUGACCGUACGUUAUCUUAUAAUGGAUCAACGUCAGCUAUAAUGAAGCAUUUACGGGGCAAGCACCGUGAAACAUUCUUUACUUCGCCUACCGAAGGUUUUGAUAUGGAUAGUAAGGAUUCGUCGGCAUUAGAACUGUUGCCUAAAAAUGAAGAAGGCUGUUCUCGUCCGCUGCUACAGAAAAUGGAUUUGUCGUAUAGCUCGGAUCGACAAGAGCAAAUAUCAGAAGCACUUGCUCACAUGAUUUUCUUAAAUAUGAUGCCUAUUUCUUUUUGCAGUAGCGAAGGAUUUAAACAAUUUAUGACUAUAUUAGAACCUGGAUACCACUGUCCUUCUCCUGAAAGUAUUAUGCAUCGAUUGCAACUUUUAUACAAUGAGAAACGUAUGAAAAUAGAAGAAGAGCUUUCUAUGGCAUCUGAUAUAGCUAUUACCAGCGAUGGAUGGUCCUCAAAAUCACAAGAUUCAUAUAUUUCCAUGGCUGCACAAUUUAUAGAUGAUAAGUGGAUUAUUAAAAAUUAUACGCUUUGUACACAGCCAAUGGAAGAUCAUUAUACAGAUGAAAAUUUAACCAGUAUGUUUAAUAUAAUUAAAGAAGAAUGGCAUUUAAGUAGUAAAGUAAAUAGUUUAGUCCACGAUAAUGCAUAUAAUGUAAGUAAGGCUGCAAAUUCAUUAAUUGGUGUGAGAUACAACAUUUCAUGUGCUGCACACACAUUGCAAUUGUGCGUGGAAGAUGCUUUGAAUUCAGUUGAUAACUACAAAGAAGUAAUACAAAAAGGCAGCAAAAUUGUACAAUAUUUUCGUCACUCCAAUGUAGCUACUUCUUCUUUAACAGAAAAACAAAAACACUUAAACUUAGGUGAACAAGAAUUAAUACAAACUUGUCCUAUGAGGUGGAGCUCUAGUUACUAUAUGUGCGAACAACUUGUAUGCAAGAAAAAUGCAAUUGUUUCUGUUUUAGCAGACAGAAAUAUUACCAAAUUAAAUAUUGCAUUAAAACUAGAAAUGUCUGAACAGCAGUGGUCAACUAUGAGUGAUAUUAUUGUGGCUCUCAAACCUUUACAAGUAGCAAUUACAGCAUUAUGCUUUGAAAGAAGUGUAACUAUUUCUUUAGUAUGUCCUGUUAUUCAUGGGCUUAUUAAUAACCAUCUGGAAAGUAAUGAUUUUGAAACAGCUGAAACCAAACACUUCAAAAAUAUUUUGAAAACCUCUCUUAUUAAUAGAUUUAACUUAAAUUCACAUUUUGAAACAGUUCAUCGUAUUGCUUCUUUUCUUGAUCCAAGGAGCAAAGAGUUGUCAUUUGAGAGCAAUGAGGUAAAGAAUAUAAUUAAAACCUCCAUUCGUGACAUGAUGGAAAACAUUUCAAUUCCAGACAUUAAAAAUUUUCAAAAUGUUGAUCCUUUUUCAAGUGCAUUGGAUUUCAUAUUUCAAGCUGUAAAUCCUAGUAGUGGAAGUAAUUCAGAGUUUCAAACAUAUUUGUUAGAAACUCAAAUAAAUCAUAAUUUAUGUCCUUUAGUGUGGUGGAAAAUGCAUGAAAACAAAUAUCCCAGAUUAGCAAAACUUGCUAAAAUGUAUUUAAGUAUUCCUGCUACAUCUAUCAGUUCUGAACAUGCAAUUUCAACAGCUGGAAAUAUUGUUAGUUCUAAUUGUAGCUACUUGUUACCAGAAAAUAUUGAUUUAAUGGUAUUUUUACAUAGAAAUAAAGAUGUUUGAAUAAAUAUAAUUAAUCGUUUUGUAAACAGUUAAUCAAACGUUUAAACAGAAAUUAUCCUAAAAGUUAUAAAUACUUGGAUAACAACACAGUAACUUAGAUA